AGCGCCUCGGUGCCCAGCUUCCUGGGGAGGGAGAGGUCAUAAGCAAGGACUCCGCAGCAUCAGCUGGCUCCCGCCCGGUCCGACAGGGAUAAAAGGGUGGCAUCGAAAGGCAAGCAGAAACUGAAGCAGCAGCAGGUAGAGCUGGCCAGACUCAUGGCAUCUCCCAACUCAGACCAAAAGGAACUCCUCCAAGCUCCAACGGGCCUUUCUUCUGCCUUCUCUCUAGGCCUGAUGAGCAACUUGCAGGGCUACUCUGGAAGGGUUGUGGCCAUGAGGGGGCAGAGCCUGGAGAACAAUGAGGUGCAAGGCCAGGUGGACGGGGCUGGCAGAAGGGAGCUGGCGGUGCAGGUCGGGGACAGUGGGGAGAGCGAUGAAGAUCCUGACCCAGCUGAGGACCUGCUGGUGACCUCUGCGACAGAGCUGUCUGUGCUGGAGAGACUGGGUUUGCACAGAGUGGCUUUGACUGAGCAGGACGUGGAGGCAGCAUUUGCACACUUGGCCUUAGCUUUCCGCUGCGACAUGUUCACGCUGCGCCGGCGGGUGCAGGUGGAGGAGCGGGCGCGCGACGUGGCGGAGGAGAACAUCCAGCAGGAGCUGGAGCAGUGCCGGGCGGCUGUGCAGAAGCUGGGCCUCUCGUGUCUAGACCCCAAGCGCAAGGAGGUGGUGGAGCAGUUGCAGCUCAGCCUGACGGUGCUGGCGGGGGCCAUCGAGCGGGCCAUGGGUGCGGCGGAGAAGCUUGGAGCCGUCCAUCAGGAGGCACGGAUGAGCCGGGCGACGGACGUGAUGGUGCAGCAUGUGGAGAACCUGAAGAGGCAUCACUUGCGGGAGCACACGGAGCUGGAGGAGAUGAAGCGGCUGAUCCAGCAGAACUCCCGCAACCGGCAGCUGGCCGAGAACAGGGAUGAUGCAGAGCAGAGGCUGAGGCAUCCCCUGAUGAGGACGUUCCAGCAGGUGUCAGCUCGCCGCAGAGUCAGCAUUGCUGUCAUCCCCAAGCAGCUGCUGCACGUUCAAAGCCAAGAAAGCGGGCAAGCACCCAAGGAUGAGGCAGGGAAGCUGGCAGGGGAGAGCACCCUGAGUGCAGAGAGGCAACACUGCUGCCUCCAGGAGGACUCCACCGAUGAGUGCUUCAUCCUGCACGUCAGCCCCUCCAGCUCCUUACAUCAAAGCCUGCAGGGCACGGAUAGCGCUCAGCCCCAGGGGGCAGAAGCCCCCUGUGCAGAAGGGAGUGAGCCUGAGCUGCGGAGAAGGAGAAGUGCUGUCAAGAGCAUGAAGCAGGAGCCCAGCAAGGAGUCGGACAGUGGGGGACUGAGCGAGGAGAGCGAGGAGCUGGAGCAGCUCAGUCUGAUGUCCAAAGGGUCCAGGAAGGAGCUUUGCAGGCUGUGGAUCUGUCUGCCCCAGUACUACUGGGUUUUCAUCUGGCUGCUUUUCCUGGGGAUUGCGUGCCUGGUUCUGAUCCGGAUUCUGGAGCUGCAGAAGCAACAGCAGGCAGGAGGGAGGAAGUGGAGGUCUCCUCUAAGCCAGGAGGCUCCUUAGAGGGGAAGAAGGAACCCAACACACCGCCUGCGGCGACAGGAAGACGCUUUAACAAACAGCGCCGAUGCUUCAUCAC